GCGAACAACACUCCAAGACUAAAAAUAAACAACUAUUACAUGUUUAUACGAAAUCAUCAUACUAAUAAAUAUAGCUCUCUUCAACAAUAUAGUAUACCCCUAACCCAUAAAAAGAAAAGAAACCACCACAUUCCCGGCCAAAUAAUCAACCAUUAUUGAAAAUAAUUUCAUCUGCUUCUCUAAGGUAGCAGACUUGUGUGUGAUCAUGGAACUACUCAUGCCAUUCCCACCAAAUUCAGUCCCUCUUUCGCCAAUCAACUUCUUAGAAAGAGCAUCCACGGCAUACGCGGACUGCCCUUCACUUGUGUACAACAACAACAAUUGUAACAACAACAAUUUUAACAUCAACAACAACAAUAACCACAACAACGCAAUCUCCUACAGUUGGGACCAAACUCAUCGUCGAUGCGUCCAGGCCGCAUCCUCCAUCAAGUCCCUCGGCGUGAAACAGGGGGACGUGGUGUCGGUCCUAGCCCCCAACGUCCCCGCCAUGUACGAGCUCCAGUUCUCAAUUCCCAUGGCGGGGGCGAUCGUUAACAACAUCAACACUCGUCUCGAUCCACGGACGCUUUCGGUUCUACUUCGUCACAGCCACUCAAAGCUCAUCUUCGUCGACCAACUUCUCCAGCCACUUCUCCUCCAGGCGCUCGCUCUUUUCCCUCCUGGAACUCCUCGUCCAAUUAUAGUCCUCAUAAAAGACACGGAUGUGGAAAAUGUUACCAACGGAAGCAAUAAUGUUGGUGACUACAAACAGCUGGUUGAAGGCGGAAACCCAAGUUUCGAGUGGGUUCGGCCUAAGAGCGAGUGGGAUCCCAUCGCUCUAAACUACACCUCUGGCACGACAAACUCCCCCAAGGGGGUGCUCGUAAGCCAUAGAGGUAACUACAUUUUAGCGAUGGAUACGCUCCUCGAGUGGUCGGUCCCUAAGCAACCUGUCUACUUAUGGACGUUACCCAUGUUCCACGCUAACGGCUGGAGCUUAACAUGGGGGAUGGCUGCAGUAGGGGCAACCAAUAUCUGUCUCCGGAAAUUUGAUGCCCCCACUGUGUUCGAGGCCAUCAACCACCACAAGGUGACCCACAUGUGUGGUGCACCUGUUGUUCUAAACAUGCUAGCUAACUUACCUAGUGCAAAACCUUUGGAGAAGCCGGUUGAGAUCCUAACUGCAGGAGCUCCACCACCCGCGUCUGUUCUCUUUCGAACUGAGUCCCUUGGGUUUGUUGUUAGUCACGGGUAUGGGCUCACUGAAACUGGUGGGUUGGUGGUGAACUCUGCAUGGAAGUCAAAGUGGAACAACUAUCCUGCAGAGGAGCGAGCUAGGCUUAAGGCCAGACAAGGGGUAGGGUCUCUAGGGAUGACUGAGGUUAAUAUUUUAGAUCCAAAAACGGGUCAACCCGUACAAAGAGACGGGUUGACCUUAGGAGAAGUUGUACUAAGAGGGGGGAGUAUCAUGCUAGGGUAUUUAAAAGAUCCAGAAGGGACAUCUAAGUCCAUGACCCGAACCGGAUGGUUUCGAACUGGUGAUGUGGGGGUCAUACACCCUGAUGGAUACCUAGAAAUCAAAGAUAGGCUCAAGGAUAUUAUCAUAAGUGGUGGAGAAAAUAUAAGUAGCGUCGAGGUGGAGGCGGUAUUAUACACUCACCCAGCGGUGAAUGAGGCGGCAGUGGUGGCUCGCCCCGAUGAGUUUUGGGGUGAGACACCAUGUGCUUUCUUAAGCUUGAAGAGAAAGGGUAAGGAAGAGGUGACAGAGAAGGAAAUAAUAGGGUAUUGUAGGGAGAGGAUGGCUCACUACAUGGUUCCGAAGACGGUUGUUUUUCAGGAGGAGCUGCCCAAGACUUCCACCGGUAAAGUUCAGAAGUUUUUGUUAAGGGAAAUGGCUAACGCUAUGGGCCCACUUAAGGUAAAAUCUUACACUAAUAAGGUUAUUACUCAGAUGCAGUAGUGUUAGAAGUUUGAUCAAGACUUUGGGUCAAGUAUUAAGAGCUUCUUUUUUCUUACUGUUUCUUGGAAGGUUGAUGUUGUAGAAUUUGGCAUAGUUUGUUGUCAUCACUUUAAUACAAGUGAAUUAUUGAGUAUGUUGGGUUAUGUUUAGUAAUAUGCAUUUGUAAGCAAGAAAUGUACUUUCAUAGGAACGCA